GAAAAUGGCAGAGGCCAGAGUUUCAGAAGAUCAAGACCAGUUCAACUGUCCAGUCUGUCUGGAUCUACUGAAGGAUCCAGUCACUAUUGCCUGUGGACACAGUUUCUGUAUGGUGUGUAUUAAUGACUGCUGGGAUCAGGAUGUUCAGAGGGGAAUCUACAGCUGCCCUCAGUGCAGAGAGACUUUCACUCCAAGACCUGUUCUAUGCAGAAACUACAUGCUGGCUGAAAUGGUGCAGAAACCGAAGAAGACAGAACUCCAAGCUGCUUCUCUUACUCGCUGUUACGCUGGAUCUGGAGAUGUGGAGUGUGAUUUCUGCACUGGGAGAAAACUGAAAGCCAUCAAGUCCUGUCUGGUAUGUCUGGCCUCUUUCUGUGAAACUCAUAUCAGACCUCACUAUCAGUCUCCUGCCUUUAAGAAACACACACUGGUUAAAGCCUCCUCAAGACUACAACAGAAGAUUUGCUCUCAACAUGAAAAACUAACUGAGAUCUUCUGUCGUACUGAUCAAAGCUUCAUCUGUUAUUUGUGUAUGCUGGAUGAACACAAAGGACAUAAUACAGUGUCAGCUGCAGCAGAAAGAACUAAAAAACAGACUGAGCUACAUGAGGAGCAGAGGAAACACCAGCAGAGAAUCCAGGAGAAAGAGAAGAAGGUCCAGGAGCUGAAGCAGGCUGUGGACACUCUUAAGCGCUCUGCACAGGCAGCAGUGGAGGACAGUGAGAGGAUCUUUACUGAGCUGAUCCGCUCCAUUGAGAAAAAGCGCUGUGAGGUGAGACAGCUGAUCAGAGAUCAGGAGAAGACUGAACUGAGUCAAGUUCAAGGACUACUGGAUCAACUGGAGCAGGAGAUUGCUGAUCUUAAGAGGAGAGACACUGAGCUGGAGCAGCUCUCCCACACAGAGGAUCACAUCCAUUUCCUCCAGAGUUUCCCGUCCCUCUGUGUCUCUUCUGGAUCUGUGGACUCAUACAGCAUCUCUGUCCAUCAACCUGCCUCAUUUGAUGGAGUGAAGAAAUGUCUCUCUGAUCUGAGGAACCGAAUAGAGACAUUCUGCAGAGAAGAAAUGAACAGUGUGUCUCCACAUGGUAAGAGCAAUAACACAGCAGAAAUAACACAACAGCAACAUCACACUGCAGCAGUUCAGAUUUUACCACCAGAGCCAAAGACCAGAGAAGAUUUCCUGAAAUAUUUCUGUCAGCUGACUCUGGAUCCCAACACAGCACAUCAUCACCUCAUUCUGUCUGAGAAGAACAGAGUGGUGACAAACAGUAGGAGAGUCCAGCCAUACUCUGAUCAUCCAGAGAGAUUUGAUUACUGGCUUCAGGUGUUGUGUAAGGAGAGUGUGUGUAGACGCUGUUACUGGGAGGUUGAGUGGAGCAGUGAGGGAUUGGUGUCCAUAUCCGUCUCAUAUAAAGAUAUCAGCAGGAAAGGACGGGGUAAUGAGUGUGGGUUUGGACGCAACACUCAGUCCUGGAGUCUGUUGUGUUCUUCUAAUCUCUCUUUUUUGCACAACAACAUUAAUACUGAGAUCCCAGACUCACCGUCCUCCAGAAUAGGAGUGUAUGUGGAUCACAGUGCAGGAACUCUGUCCUUCUACAGAGUCUCUGAUACAAUGACCCUCCUACACACAGUCCACACCACAUUCACUCAGCCCCUCUAUGCUGGGUUCUGGGUCAGUUUUGGAUCAACUCUGAGGUUAUGUGAUCUAAAAUAAUGUGUAUUGAUAUUGUACUUCAUUAAAAUGGAUGUAAUUAGGAUUCAGAUCAGUUUUAGUGAGUAUCUGCACACAUUAGUCUUUCAGCUGCACCUGUUUCCAUCACUGAUCACAGGAGUUCAGGGAAGAGGAGAAUAAACACAGACACAAUCCCUCUACACACUUUACAAAUGACCACAUGAGUAGAACAUUCAUGCUCACUGACAAGCUGCAAGCAUAUGAAAAUGAAAUCAAUACAAUAGGGCAUGUCAAAAGGGGAGCUGUAAGUAUAAAGUUAUCGUAUAUAUAUAAACUAGUUUAUUCCUUGUACUAUGUAAUUAAAUUUGUUAAUUGCUUUAUUGCUUUUGUUAAUUAUUUUUUAUUUUCGGUGAAUUUGUAGAUCACAAAUCAUUCCCUCACAUACACAAUUUUUGUUAUUUUGUUUCAUUUAUUGCAUAGCUGCACUAUAACUGAAUCACCCUACAUAUCACCUCGACAAAGGGCUCUUUAUCACUCUACAGCAUAAACACCAAAGCCAAACUCUGUAAUCCUCGUCUCCUGUAUAUGGAAUUAGCUCUGUAAUCCCUCGUCUCCUCAAUCUAGGAUCAGAUUUGUAAUCCCUCGUCAUCUCUAUCUGAGAUCAGGUCUGUAAUCUCUCGUCUCCUGUAUCUGGGAUCAGAUCUCUAAUCCCUCAUCUCCCGUAUCCGGGAUCACCUGGAUUAGGAUGUUACACCUCAGUGACUGACUACACACCGUCAUCUUGUACACUCUGUAUAUCUCACACGU